AUAAUCGCAGUCACACAAUAGUUAUAAAUGAUGUAAUCUGCGGCAUUUGGUUUUAUAUGUCUCAUGUUUGACUGUGCUAAGAUUUGUGCUUAAUACUUUAUCCUUUUGCAGUACGCAUCAUUAACAUUUACUUAACAUUUACUUAAUUUAUCUUAUCAGAUAAGCAAUGGCAUAUUUGAAACUGAUUUUAAACCACAUGCAUAAAUCACUAUCGAAUCAUAUUUCAUAAACAAUAAUCGUCUAAAAUACAAUCUGAUCGAUUUACUAGCCGUUUAUUGAACGAAUCGUUUCACGCUUUGUCUGGGUUGUAUGCAAUUAAAAUACCAAAUGAUCGUAUAAAAUCAAGUUCACUGCGGUAUUGAACGGUUAACAAACGUAACUUAAAUCUUAAAAGGUGUGACAAUAUAUGGAACGUAUGGCUGUACAACAUAACUUAAGGUUCCCGAUGUACAUACGUUUGUCAGUUUAUCUAGUCAUUGACAAUACUGUUAAAUUGUUAAAUUGAUGUGUCUGGCAUUCCAUAUCAUUUUUUUGUGUAAUUGGAAAGAGUAAUAUGAAUAAAAUGCUUUACAGAUACUGUUAUGAUUUUGUUAUCUUUUAUCAUUUCAGCUGAAAUCGGACAUGGCUAGGCAUAUUUUGCAUUUUUUUCCAAUCUUCUUAAAUCCAAAAAAGCUCGUUUUAGUUAAAUUUCUCGGUAUGGAUCCUACAUUUCCAUUUUCUCCACAUCAAAAUUUAUAUGGAACACUACAGAAACAAGCUCACUAGAAGAAAGUUUAAUCCUAAAUCCCGUUUAAUGAUACAGAGUAAACGCCAAAGACACAUAAAACAAAAAAAACCAACAAUCACAAACCAGCAACAUGGAACAACAGCUCAAAACACACAACACAGUAUCUUUAUACUACAUAAAAACCUAGGGGUGUUGAUCAAGGAUUGUUAGGUACCGCUUUGGAAGGUCAGAGCUACAAAUCCAGAACUUGCAAGGAGCAAGCCACGUUGGUAACUACCAAAAUCAGUGGCAGAAACCAAUCACCGAAUAUGGGCGGAACGACGCCCAGUGGCAGGCCGAUCUGAAUGCGUCGUCUUUUGUAGGCAGUAUUGAUGUUGAUGCCUCGGACUGGGAGGAAUCGAGGAAGGCAGUGGACGUAGUGAUGGAAUUACUCUUGAAAGAGCUCAAGAGUCUGACUGUAAAACACUAUCGAGGUCUUCGAAUCGACUCCUACGUCAGACAGGGAAGCUCCCGAGAAGGGUUGAAAGUCCUGAAAGCCGAUGAAUUCGACGCUAUGCUUGAAUUUCACUUUGACGGACUUGAAAGUAAAAUCGAUGAAACGUUCCUCAAGAACAGUGAUGGAUAUCGCAUUCCAGGACAUUGCUACUUGGAAAUAAAUGGUGUUGAUUUGAAUGACUUAAGGAAUGAGUAUCAGGGACUACACGCUAAAAGCGUAUUUAUUGAAUCUGCUGGAAAACUGUAUUUGAGUUCGAAAAAUCUUCACACGAAAGUAUUUCAGUCGAUGGUUGACAAGGCAAUAGAAAAAAUUAAUCAACAGAUUUACAACCACGAAAUCACGACGGGACAAAAAUGUAGUUUUGGUUUGAAAAAUGAUAGAACUCUUACACGGAAAAUGAAUCCACCGUCUAUCAACGUAACGAUCACAUUUAAAAGGGAUCUGAUCUACGAGAGAGUCGGAAGAGUAAGAGCUGACAAGGAACUGGAUUUAGACUUUGUUCCUGCCUUUCUUUUGCGUCGUGACAAAACAACUACGUACGAGGGUGUUUUGCUUAAUUGUCCGAUACACGCCAUAUGCAAAUGGGCAGAAGAAAACAGCUUCAAGGCGCUUGACUUUGUAGACCAGAACCUCAUUUGGGAUGUCAAGUCGCUCGGUUACGAAAGGCAUAUUCUGGACGUUGCACGAAGAGACAAGAGAAAGUUGUACAUUCUGACAGCUCUCAGAAUUCUUAAAACUUACUUCGUGAAGACGAAGGAGAUUGCAAGACAAUCGGGAGGUACUCCUCCACAGAUUGUAGCACUGCUGAAGUCUUACCACCUCAAACAGUUGGCCUUUUACCUCAUCAACUUUCUCUGUCACAAGUACCCAAACUUCGAAGUAGAUGGUGUACAGAAAGCAUUGCUCUACUUCUUUUGCAUCAUACGCAUUGCCCUGAAAGAAAAGCAUCUGCCUCACUUAUUUUUCUCGGAAAACAGCGUGAUUGAAACAAUGCUUCCAGGAUACCCGCGGCUGCCUGGUCCUAAGCUCAGGUUUGAUUUGUUUAGAACAGUACGUCGCAAUGAUUCCCUCUCGGGGGCAUUGCUAUCGCUGGACAAUCAUCUCAUACCAAAUUUGGGUUUUUCAACUGGAGGUUGCAGUGGUUUAGUUGAUCACGAGAUGGCACGAGUCGAACAAGACUUUCAACGCACAGUUGCCGGGCAUGAUUAUUUCUAGACGCAAGCGGUCAAAUGCCGAUUGGAAGCGGAACAACCUACGAGUGUGAUGUACAUAUUAUGUUAGUAGUGUGAUAAAUUCGUCAAUUGCCUGAUAAACUUACUGUACGGAUGGUUUAAAUGACGAUACAUUUAAUGUUUUAAGAAUGUAUUGAAUGCACAAACAAAGCACAAUUGACUGUGUAUAAAUAAUUCUUUAUCGUAUGAAUUAUGUUUUCUGCUUAAAAUUUGAAUAGAUCAUUGAAAAGCUCAUUUUUUGAUGAUGCGAGUGUUAUUCUUUGAACUUGGGUAAACUAUUUUGGUAUAAUCUAUUUUUUGGUACUUUUUCUUUCCAUUGUAUUUCAACUCUAUUUACUUAGUUUAGUAAAUUUAUUGUUGUCAUUUUAUUUUCGACUCCAGUAAACUGGCUUUCCCAUUUUGAGUUUAUUUAGUUCUAGUUUAACAAAGUGCUAUCGGAAUUUGUUAUUUGUGAGUGGGGGGAUUUUAUAUGGCUAGCUAUCGAACAAUUUUGUAAAAGAAUUAUGUCAAUUUUCAAUUUUAGUGUGCAUGCCAUAUUUUAAAGAUUUCAGUUUAUAAACAUGACGUUGUGUUUCGUGUUAAAGACAGCAGUUAUGUAAUUUAUAUUGGUCAAAACUUAGAGUCUGUUAAGCUUUGUGUGGCAUUUUCCAGUAUUCAAAAUAUAAAUCUGCGAAUUAUAGAUACGAUACUAAUAUAUGCCAGGGAACCAGAUGACGAUAACUCUUUUUGUCAUGAUUUUGAGGAAAAAAUAAUAGUAUAAACAUGGAAUAAAGUAAUAAUUAUGCUAGAGAAUCACUUAUUUAAGAGCAUUAUUUGUAUUGUUUUCGCAUAUUGUAAAUAAAAGAGUGAUUAACCUUAAACUACUUACUAAAUAAUGCAUUUAUGGAAAACAUUUAUGACUGAUAACAAGAUUGGAACCGUGUAUUGAAUUGCUGAAAACGCAAAAAUAUUAAAUGAUUGGUGAAUGCUAAAAGAUUUACUGUGAUCUACUAUAGUCUCAUAAGGUAGAAAUAACGUGUUUUAUGUACAUUUUUUUCAAAUCAA